CCUUUUAAAUAAUUAGAUAUUUGAAAACAACAGUUUAACGCCCAGCGCUCACACACCUGAGUUUAGUGCAGUGUAAUUAAAUAGCUUUUUAGUUUGUUUAAUUAGAUAAAAAAAAAUGUCUAGCAAACGUAAACGAGCACCAGCCAAAAGGUCAAACGUAAAGCGUGGCAAAAAAAAGGAAGAGAGUGAUUUUGAUUCGGAUUUAACCGAUGACAGUGAAAACGAUUGUAAUCAGCAAGACGAAAUUUUAAUUGCGGGUCAUGGGGAUAUUUUGGACGAUGCUGCUCCUCCACUGCCAGAAGAACUUUUAAAGACCCUCAUUAAACCCGCAGGGCAAAUGAUUAUUUUUGGUUUAACUAAUUGGGAACUGACUGGUCGACGUGAAAAAGCUAACAAAAUCGGUAAAGGACAAGAUGGUACUCUCUUUAGUCCUCAUCGCUUCACUGAUUUGAGGGUUCGUUUGGUGGUCAGUGGUUGUGUUUCUGCACAUACUGUCAUUGUCAGAGAAGAUGGUAAACCUAUGACAUUUGGUCGUAACCAGUAUGGUCAACUUGGAAUUAACAACACAACUACCACAGAUGUUCCAGUCCUAGUUGAGGCACUCAAAGACAUGAACAUAAUUGGGGCUGCUUGUGGUCGAAAUCAUACUUUAUUCCUUACUGACACAGGCACUGUCUAUGCUUGUGGAGACAACAGAUCAGGCCAAUGUGGAGUUGGAAAUGCUCAGGCUACCAUAUUAACGCCAACUCGAAUUAACUACAGAGGAGCACCUAUUGUUAAAGUUGGUUGUGGAGCUGAUUUUUCUGUAAUACUUGACAUUAAAGGCGGUUUGCACACCUUUGGACUGCCAGAAUAUGGUCAAUUGGGCCACAACACUGAUGGAAAAUAUUUUAAAACAAGUACAAGACUAUGUUUUCAUUAUGAAACUAGUCCAAAACGUAUUGUACUUUACAUUGAAAAAAGCAAGGAUGGACAUGUGUCUCCUGUAGAUGUUUCUGAAAUUGUUGAUUUUAGUUGUGGACAAAACCACACUGUAGCAAUUGAUAGUAAAAAGAGAGCUUUUUCAUGGGGUUUUGGUGGUUUUGGACGUUUGGGGCAUGCAGAACCCAAAGAUGAAUAUGUCCCACGACUGAUAAAAUACUUCGACAGUCAAUCACGGGGUCUUCGGUCCGUCACUUGCGGUUCCACGUUCAGUUUGGCGGUUACCGACAUCGGGGGUUUGUUCCUUUUCGGGCAAAAUAAACGUUCUGGAGAGGCUAACAUGUAUCCAAAACCUGUACAAGACUUGACAGGAUGGAAUAUACAUUGCAUGGCAGCUGGCCAGACUUCAACCAUAAUAGCAGCUGAUGACAGCAUCAUCGCUUGGGGAGCUUCGCCCACUUAUGGGGAAUUGGGUCUUGGUACUUUCCAGAAGUCGAGUUCGACACCCAAAGAGGUGUCUCGUUUAAACGGCAUAAAAGUGUUAGGGCUCACAAUGGGCUUAUCUCACACUAUACUGAUUGCUCAAAAUAAUACUGAUGAGCAAAAGCAAAAGCUGGAAUCCUUCGAGCUGUUUGAGCCAAAGGCUUAAUAAGGUCCUUUUGUCUUUAAAUGGUUGUUCAGUAAUAAAAUUGGAAAAGGGAAAGAAAAAAGAUAACAAUAAUUGUAAUAAAGAAAUCAUCGUGUUUCAGACUGUCCUGUCGUUGCAUUUACACUUUUGUCCUUUGUAUUUUCUGCGAUUCAGUAUUUUUUACUAUUUAUUACUUAUUAUAAAAAUAGUACAUUUACUUAUGUUUCACACACUUUUUUGUAUUUUUUCUUUUAAUAAACGUUUUUUACGUAA